AUGAUCAAAGGAAGUCCGCUUGUAUUACUUAAAGAGCUAUCUGUGGGAUUUGGGUAUGGCCUCUGGUUCUCUCGUCACCAUCUCAUCCACUCAUUCAUCAUCAUCCCGUUGGGAAUCGUGAUUUUGUUCACUAUUUUGUAUGGCCUCAACGUACUUUUAAGCGAUGAACUAAAGAUUCAAUUCCCCGCCUCAGUAUUAGGCAUGUUGAUCAACCUUAUAGCUUUAUGUGUUCUCGAUGCUGUUGCUUCAUUGAAGGACUCUAGUCAAAAGCCGAUUGCGAUGUUAGGGAAUGCAUUUUGGUGGAUGUUAGAGAAAUAUUUGAUGAUAAUAAAACCAAGCAUGAAUUUCUCCUUGAAAUGGAUCAAUGUGUUCUUCAUUCCAUCAUUCGUCGUGCUUCCGUUGAGCGACCAUAUCACCUUCAUCGAAUGUUUAAAAAUCGCUGGCGUCUUUGUUGUGGGAGGAGCAGCAUUGAUGAUAUUCGAUGUUUACUCAAUAAUAUUGCUCAAGAAACUUCUAUAUGCAUUAAGUAUUCUAAAGGUUGAUGAUAAAUAUGGAUCAUCAACUGGCGCUCAUCUUAUUCCCAAAGAAUCGGGCGAAUCGCCUAAUGAUGAUUCAGAAAUGAAUGGCUUACCCUUCUUGAAUGUUAAUCACUCAUAUAUCUCAGCUAUAAACGACAUCACCACGAUUGAUUUGACGCAGUUAAGAUCUGUCAAAACUGCCCCUGAGCAUAAAUCAAGACCAUACAACUGUUCAAAUAACUCAAUUGGGAUGGAUGUCGUGGAGGAGGAUAAUUUGAGAAGGUUCUCAACUUCCCCAAACAUUCUCCAAGAACAACCAUCUGAGGCUACUUCGGAUACCCACAUGUCACUCAGAUCCAGUUUCUCGCAAGCAGAUAAAUCAAAAGAUCCGAUUGCACAUUUGUCAGGCAUUUCAAGAAGCACAACUGUGUUCAUUUCUAAUUACAUCGAUUGGUUUCUUUUUUUUGCCAUGUUUGUGGUGUCACUACCCUUGUAUUAUGUGUCUUCCAUUCAUAUAAUGCUCUUCUAUCACCUCAGUUUGACUGUGUUGUCUUAUUAUGUUGCAUUGCUAAUACCAAUCAAAGUUCCUCAUUUGAGAAAAUUUGCGCAUCCAAUUUUGAUUUCAACUGUCUUGAUAUUAUUUAUCUGCUUCAUUGGCUCGCUCAUCUAUCAUAAAGGUGUCCCACAAGGCUUUCUACAGGAUUUGCAGUUUUACAAGACAGGAAAGACUUAUCUUCGUCUUUUUAAUAACAAGGCCAUGUAUAAUAAUGGAGAGAUUAUUCCCGAAUUCCAUCGAAAUUUCACUGCUGUUCCCCUCUGGCCGGGAUGUGGUGACAUUCUCUCAUCAUUGAUGGACAUAUCCAUCGUAUCUUUAUCCUUACCCAUGUUUACCCAUAGACGAGACUUCAAAAACAACUUUUGGGUCCUCAUGCCACCCAUUCUUGCUUCAAUAGCACUCACAUUUUUUUGUUAUCCGCUUGUCUGCUACCACAUCGGUAUUAGCCCAGAAAGGUCCAUUGGCUUCAUAGGAAGACUGGUCACAUUAGCUCUUGGAACUCCCCUUAUUGGCGCUCUAGGUGGAUCUGUUUCCUUGAUGGCCGUUUGUACUAUUUUGAGCGGCAUUUUGGGUGUGCUUGUAGGUGACUCCUUUUUUAGCCUUCUUAGGAUAUCGUCAGACGAUUUUGUCACGAGAGGUGUGACGCUAGGUAUAAACUGUGGAGCAAUUGCAACUGCUCAUUUAUUAAAUGUUGAUCCCAGGGCCGCGUCUAUGAGUUCAUUGAGUUUUAGUACUUUUGGAACAAUCAUGAUUAUUCUCGCUAGUAUUAACGCAGUCCGCGAACUUAUUCGAUCGUGGGUUGGGUUGUGA